UUCAUGUACUUUACAAGUGUAUCUACUGCCCAGACUACUGACUGUCUUCGCCUGAGGGAGCAGUGUAUAAAUGCUGCAAAUGGAUGUGAGAGUGUCUGGAAUGUUGUUGAAGAUGUCUGCAACAUUUCAGAUAAUAGAUGCAAGGCAGAAGAUGCUGUUGGAUGUAAUAGAAUCAUCCGGGUCCUGACUGACAAAUACCCAGAAUUUAAAAACUGUGCCUGCACUUCAGAUGAUAUCUGUAGCAUCACAACUUUGCUUGGGAAACAGUGCAGCAUUGAUAAAGAAUAUUUGGAAACCUCCUCAAGAUCAGAUACUGAACUGAAUUUUAGGCAACACAGAAACCCCAAAGACCAAGGACACCUGGAAGAAUUAGAGAACGACUGCAGCACUGCAAAACAACUCUGUCAAGACGACUCUUACUGCUUUUCAGUGUAUAAGAGCUUCCAGAGAGCAUGCCAGGCAGACACAGCAAAAUGCAUGCUCCCAAUGGUCAACCAGGCAUGUUUGUCAGUGUGGAAAGAGCUGAGGAAAACAGUGCUGGGAGAGUGCAAGUGCUCAGAGCCACUUCAGAUGAGAUGUGUUAAAAUAUGGAAGGAAAUAUUUAACAACCAUUGUUUACAAUACUCUCAAGAGAGCCAAGCUUUAGCAGCUAGUGAAAAUGACGAUGAUGAUGGUGAUGACAACUAUGAUGAUGAUGAUGUUGAAAAUGGGAAAAAUCAGGACACUGACACAGACAAUAUUAGUACAGAAACAAAAUUACAAUGGAGUUUAUCUGCACUCUCUAAACAAGCAUACACAGCAAACAGCACCUGCUUGGAUGUGAACAGAGAGUGUGUUGAAGAUGAAGUGUGUAACAAACAGUUGUCCCUGUAUCUUAAGGCUUGCUCAGUAAAUAAGAAGUGCAACAUGGACGAAUGUCAAGCAGCCCUAAGGUUCUUCUAUGAAAACAUGCCUUUUGAAGUUGCCCAAAUGAUGAUAUUUUGUGAUUGUACCCAGCCUGAUGAGUCCUGCCACAGAGCCAAAGAACUUCUCCAUGGCAAGCCCUGUGCAGUUACUGCAGUUCCACCCCCAUCAUGUCUGAAUGUAAUCCACAUGUGUGAAGAGAAUGAAUUGUGCAGGAAAAAAUACACAGCUUUUCAGUCAAAAUGUUGGAAACAUGUGACAAAAGAAUGCUACAAUGAUGAGGCUUGCCUUGAAACUUUAAUCAAGGAUGACAUGCCCUGUUCUGCAAAUGCUGAUUGCAAAGCAGCCUACAUUAGCAACUGGGGCACAACGCUGCUUGUGGAGUGUACCUGCCAGAAUUUACCUGCUGCAGAGCACUCUUUGUGUGAGCUCUUCCACCACAUGCUUCACAGCAAAUCCUGCUUCAAUGAGUUACGUCAAAUUUCCAUUAAGAAGAAAGGUUUUCAUUGGGUAAAUACAGAAAUGCCAGGAGAAAAGCUUUCCAGAGCACAGCUCCAUUCUUCUUCAAUUAAUGGUGAAACAGUCUACAUUAUUGCCUACUCCUCCUGCAUAGUUCUCAUCUUAGGAAUAGUCCUGUUGACUCUCUUAAAGAUCAGAGCCUGCAGAACAAAACAUGAGUCAAGAAGUCCCUCGCCAGACCAUUCUUCUGAAGCAUUUAUGGUCCAUUAUAAAAGUCAUAGAUGAACUACUCUGUUGCUUAUGCUUUUUAAGGCUAUUCUUGAAAGCCAGCCUGUUGUACAUAUGCAAUAAUAAAAUACAUAUUAGAAAAACUACUAUAAAUUACGGAAUUUUGUAGUUGAGCAUACAAAAGAUGUUUGUACUUAUUAACUCUCAUUAAAGCUAAGCAAAAGUAGAACUGUACUCUCUCUUAUUUGUGUAGAUUCAUAGAUCUGUCCUGAGCUGCACGUUUCCUACAUCUCCAGAUGCACACAACAAUGGUAUAAAUGCUUUAUCAGCGUGAAUCUGCCUAGCAGUGACAAUCUUUGAAACCAGCCCUUCUGAUCUUAACUAUUCUGGUGGAAAGGGAAACAAAAAAAAUACACUCAGAAACAUUGAAGAGAGCUGUUAAAAAGUAC